CUCGGAAACGAACGUUUUAAAUCUGCAAUACUGAAUAACACAUAUAAAACGGAUUCAUCGUAUUUUCCAGUCGUCACUGGUGAUCCCCGCUUCGGAACACUCCGAAUCUGUUACAGCCACACGCAUACGUUUAAUUGCAUUGUGUAACGAUACGAAGAAUCGUAGACUACUUGAGAAAGUUUUCUGGUCACGCGAAUUCACCUAACGUGCAAAAGAUUGGAGACGCUUAUUUUACCGCGUAAAGCAAUCUAUUCAUACGAUCUUCGCGCUUCUGAGAGGGAGCUGAAUAAUUGGCAAGACAUUUUAAAACUUUAAAAUGUUUCAGUUUUUAUAUCCAGAGAUCGUGAUUAGAUAGCAGAAUUGAAUAAUUUCCCUGUUGUUCUUAAGGUUGUCCUCAAUUCGGAGAUUAAUCCUCGAGAUAUUCUCUGAAUUCUAAAAUUAUACAGACGAAAAUUCGUUUCGUAUAACUAUGUAGAGCAUCGUGAUUAUCGAGCUACCCCGUUGUCAAGUAAACAACCAUCCUCGUUGACUCUCGGAUAGGAAGGCAACAUUCCUACAGUCAUUGGUUCAAGCUGAGCGCGGAAACUGAUAGAGCCGAAUUUCGUAAAACGAGAUGUUCGACAGAACAUCGAAAUUCGAAAAACAUUUCAUUGAUAUUCUUUCAUCUAAAUAAUUUGCUGGAAUUCACCUUCGAUUUAGAACAUUAUGUUUAUGGAUGCUUAUCCGAGAAAAGGAAAAGGAAAUGAUAAAUAUGAAGACUCAGAAGUGUUGCGCUCACUGUCCUGGAAAAUUAAUCGCUUCAGAGAGCGAGUCACACGCAUGCUGUCAGCCACGAUACGUUUCGGGAAAUUUAAGAAUAUCUUCCUUGAACAAGAAUGUGUCAGACGGUACCAGAAAAAGAGACGUUAAGGAAGAUCUUCCAGAACCACUACCAGAGAAUCGAUUAGCCUGUUACGAUCAAUUCGCCGUAGCGAAGAAGCUUCAUGCAGAGAAUUUGGAGCAUCAACCGCUUCCCGAUAGAGUUGACGAUUCUGUUUUUAAAAACGUCAAACCACAAGAACGUUGCGAUGCAGUUCCAUCGAGAAAGUACUGCAGAUAUUGCGAGCAUGAAGUGGAAGAUCGUUCUACGAGCUUGGCCAAACGCUACGGGCCAGUUUUGGGCUGUAAGAAGCCCAAGACGAAGAUGGAUUUAGCUAUUUGUUGGGAAACUCCAUUAAAUCCAGUUUAUGAACCAUCUAGGCCUACUCACAUCGAUGGCUCAGAAGGUGGACUCGCGCCAGCCAUAUUUACUCUUGUUCAACAUGGUUCUAGUUCUAGGCUCGUUCAUUCUGGAACCUCGAGGAGUGACAAGGGUUGCAAAUGUUGUCGAUGCCACUGCAAAUUACAGGAGGAUUCAAAUUACUCGAGAAACAAAAAUAAUAAAAGUACAAAGUGUUGCUGCGAUUGCCUUUGUAAAGGCUUGAAUGAAAUGAAAGUUUCGAAGAAAGUUCAAGUCGAAGAACGACCAACCGCAGGACAUUUCAGAAAGUGCGUUGCCUGCAAGAGUCAAACAAGAAAUACUCGCGAAGAUCCUAGGUUGAUCAAAUCAGCUGUCGGAUUGGCAUUGGGUACCGAAAAGCCUGGGAGAGGUUAUCAAAGAGGCGAAAGCAAGGCAACGAUAUCGAAAUCAAAAUCAUCUUUUACUAGGAAGUCCUUUUGCAUCGACACUCUAACUCCCCCGUUCAGUGUAGUCAAUGGAUGUAGAGAUGCUGAUUUUCCGGAACACUGGAGGCUCAUGUCGGUUUAUCAACAGUCGUAUAAAAAUCCUUACAGACGGAAAGUUUAUCGUUGUUAAUUUGUAGCAAGAUGUUCGAGAGCAACAUUUUGCAAACGAUUCAAGAGAUCAGGAUACGGCGAUAUGAACCUCUGAAAGUCGUGGCGAUAUAAUACACAGAUCUCGCUAGUUUCCAC